UAACGGUCUGUCAAUAGAGGUUCAUGUGAACGCGAGGAAAACAUUGAUUUUCACUUGCAACAAAAAUGUUUGGAAAUGCAAUCGCCAAACUACCACAUCAAUGUGGCAUCUUGAGAAAUGUGUGUCCGGCACUCAGCAUCUCUCAGCGUGGUUUUCUAACUCGUGGUAAACCGCCUGGUGUUGCGAAAAACAUUAAACAACGAUUGCAAUGGGAGGCACAAAAUAAACAAAAAUUCGCUGAAGAAAAGAAAGCUGUUGACAUUGGAUUUCCAUCUAAUCGAUUGACACGAGCUCAACAAACUAUAUUAAAAAUUGAACGUCGCGAUGUAUUGAAAAAUCAACCGGAAAUUGAAAAGCUUUCACGAACCCUGAAAUUGGAAGUUAACACUGAUCAAGUGAAAAAAGAUUGGCUGGAGACUGAAGGACUGUUUCAAAUCAAGAGCAUCGCACAACAUUAUGGCAUUUAUGAGCAUUUGUUUGGAUACGCCUAUUUUUUACCACGAAUCACUCUGGAUAUCAAGUACGCCGUAUCGGAAGAUGAAUAUGCUCCAGUUUAUUAUGGAAAUACACUGAAACCAACGCAUGCCAAAAAUCAGCCCGAAGUUAAAUUUGAUGCGAAGAAAAAAUUGCUCGAUGAUCAACCCGACGGUGACUCAUUGUGGACACUCGUUUUAACAAAUCCGGACGGUCAUUUUACGGAAAAUGAUAAAGAAUACGUGCAUUGGUUUGUAGGGAAUAUACCAAAUGGAGAUGUUUCAAAGGGAGAAGUAAUUGUACCAUAUUUGCAGCCAUUCCCUCCAAAGGGCACUGGCUAUCAUCGACACAUUUUCAUUUUGUACAAACAGGAUAAGAAACUCGAUUUCAGCAGCUAUCGAGUUGAUGAAGUUUACGACUUGACAAAACGAACAUUCAAAACGUAUGACUUUUAUCGAGAAUUGCAAGAUAAAAUUACUCCAGCCGGUUUGGCAUUCUUCCAAUCCGACUAUGAUACAAAUCUGACCGAAUUUUAUCAUAAUGUAUUAGAAAUGAAGGAACCGAUAUAUGAAUAUGAUUUCCCAAAAGCAUACCAUCCACAGGAGAAAUAUUUUGCAUUGAGACAACCGUUCAAUCUCUAUCUCGAUAAAUACAGAGAUCCAAAACAGAUAAACAAAGAGUUUCUUGUACGCGAGUUGAAAAAAACACAUCCGUUCGAUGGCCCAGAACCUCCACUGCGAUUCCCAGGCGCUCAUUCAUUGAAGAACAUCCCACAAUGGUUGAUCACCGAAAAGAAGAAAACACGUUUGGGCCAUGGGCGAAUCAAUGAACUUCGCGAAGAAUAUCGCUAGACACACAAAUCAAUUUAGAAUUAUUUACAGUUUAUUGUCUUUUGUUGCAAGUUAAUUGAUUACGAUUAUUGUUUUGAAUAAAGUAACAAUUUCACAAUGAAAAUUUGAAAAAGAAACAAA